AUGAAGCUAAGCGAGUCAAGAGGCGAAGCAGAGAAGCACAGGCGACAACAACAUUUCGAGCAUGAGCUUAAAAAUAUGAUCUCGUCGUUAACCUACAUGGGAGGCGCAGAGAAAGCUGGACCAAGCCAAUAUGGAGAAGACGAAAAUAAGGAGGACGAUGGCAUCAGAGUCAUCACACUCUCUGGAUCGAACCUAGGAGCCACCAUGAAGACCGAGCUCGGCAACAACAAUGAUCAUGGAGGAGACAAGAGUGAGCUUGAUGAUUUCCUUAGCACCUACGUUAAUAGCAACUUCCAAGCUGUGAACAACUCCAUAAUGAUGGGGGCCCACUACGAGACUAAUGACCCUGGCGUUCAUCUUGAGAUCUCCGGCGAUGUGGAGACACCUCCGAUGAAGAAGACAUCUGCGACUGCGAGGGAGUCCAGAGAGAAGAAGGGAAAGACUUCUGCUAAAAGUGACCGUCGAGAAUAA